AUGAUUGAAGAAACGGCCGAGAUCGACGAUCCUCGCGACGGUUUCUUUGCGUGUCUGUGCGGAAGUUCUGGUUUCUUCAUUGGGACGGUGAGGAUAUUGGUGAUCAGUUGGUCGGCUAUUGUCUGGGACGCCGGCACUGCUUUCACGCUGCUCGAACAUUUGGGACAGCUGGGAAAAAGCAUCGACAAGAGCGGCAAGUCGCAGAACACACAUCUAUCAUGGAGCGAUCCUUUCCGCUUAGACUCGGGCGAUCCCUGGAUGGACGAGUUCGGUGUGUCGCGCGAUCUGGGCGAUCUGUUUGAUUCCUGGAGCCGCGGCGGAGGCAGAGGGUUCGCCGGCUUUGUUGUUCCUUUGUACUUGGGUUUGGGGGACGUGGUAGGGUCCACGACGGGUGCCGCGGUGCGUGGAGAUCCAAAACUCAGCUUCUCUGUGAGCUUCCCGAGCUUCUUCGAGAACUCGGCGUGCGAGGGAGAGAACAUCGGGGCCACUGGUGGGGGCGGGUUCUGGAUCUUGGCGGGCGACAUGAGGGUUUCUUUGCGGUUUUUGCGCGGUUUCGAUGGCGAUGAGCGGGGCGAGGACGCAAAUGAUUUCUCCAACGAAGACGUCAGAUUGUCCAGCGACUCGGCGCCCAAAAGCCCACUCGCAUUCACGUGGAACUUCUUAGUAGAAUCCCCCACCUUACUCAUGCUGUUAGAGAGAAGGCUGGAAGCGAUCUAA